AUGCCGGACAAUGGUGAUGGUUUACGUCAUUUGGUCAAGUCUACUCUAAGAGGUUGCUCCUUUUUGAUUGGACUGGUUAGUGAGGUUUUGAGACAUUGCAAUUUGCCGGUUGGUUUACAAUUUGGUAGUUCUUCAAAGUUGGCCUCUGAAAGGGAAAAUCAGCAUUCAUCUGUUAUGGCUGCAAUGAAUCCUAUAGAUAUUAGUUCGUCUGAUAGUGAUCUCACCUGGGAUCUAGAUGAUUAUAGAGAAUCAGAUAAAUCACCUCCAAACGAAUAUGCUGUUUCUGCCAAUCCUAGGAUUCUUCCAUCAUGGGCAUCUUCGCUUUCCACUGAUGCAAUGGAUUAUGGUGGAUUGUCCCAAACUGUUCCUUCUCCUCAAAGAUCUCAAGCGCCUAAUGGAAGCUCAUCAAAUUUUAAGCACCAUGGACAGGCUAAAGUCCAGAUGCAUCCGAGUUUUAGUGAUAGUGUGAGAGCCUCAAAUUUACAAAUGCCCCAGGCUUACAAUUCUAAGUUUUCUUCAGGGAAUGAUUAUCAAAAACAUUCAUCUCAACAAGCAUUGAAGAGGGCACUUCCAGCAUCCCUUCAGUCAUCUGGGUCCAAUGCCAGAUCAAGCAAGUUAGUAGAGGAUGUGGAAAGCAGUCAGUUUCGUGAAACUCGUAAAAAAUCUACACAUUUCCUGUGGCCGAAUGUAAUCAAUUGCAAGGACUACAUGAAAGACAAUUUCAGCAGGGGCAGUGAUGCUGAUGUCGUUAUGUAUGAAAACAGUGGAAGUAGGGUGCUACCUCCAUCUCUGAUGCAAGGGAGAUCUGUACCAACUACUCCUUAUGCCAGUUUGGGUGAUCCAUUAUACCGUCUUGGGGUAGGGGAAGAACGGGCUGCUGGAACUGAUGAGAGGCUAAUUUAUCAAGCAGCUUUACAGGAUCUCAACCAACCUAAAGUUGAAGCUACUCUACCUGAUGGUCUUUUGUCAGUCUCUCUUCUAAGACACCAGAAAAUUGCAUUGGCUUGGAUGCUUCAGAAGGAAACAAGAAGCUUGCAUUGUUUGGGUGGAAUUUUGGCUGAUGAUCAGGGCCUUGGUAAGACUGUCUCGAUAAUUGCCCUUAUACAGAUGCAGAGGUCCUUACAGUUGAAAUCUAAGUCGGAAGACCUGUACAAUCACAAAACUGAACCCUUGAAUUUGGAGGAUGAUGAGGAUGGAAGCAAUGCUUUUCCCGAUAAAGCCAUGCAGACUGAAGAAUCUGAUGACUUUAAAAUGAUUCCAGAAGCAAGUACUUCUAUACGUCAGUUCCGUAGGAGGCGGCCUGCAGCAGGUACAUUGGUUGUGUCUCCGGCAAGUGUUCUUCGACAGUGGGCUAGGGAGCUUGAUGAGAAAGCUACAGAUGAAGCUAAACUUUCUGUUUUAGUUUAUCAUGGAUGCAAUCGGACUAAGGAUCCAAUUGAACUUGCAGAGUACGAUGUGGUAUUAACAACAUAUGCCAUUGUGACAAAUGAAGUUCCAAAACAACCUUUGGUUGAUGAGGAUGAUGAUGUGCAAAAGGAUGGGGAUAGGUAUGGAUUAACUUCUGAAUUCUCUAAUAACAAGAAACGGAAAAAGGUGCCUGGUGCUAGUAAAAAGGGAAAGAAGAGCAGAAAAGGAAUCUAUAGUUCUGCUUUUGAUGGUGAGUGUGGUACACUUGCAAGAGUGGGUUGGUUUAGAGUGGUUCUAGAUGAAGCUCAAACGAUAAAAAAUCACAGAACACAAGUGGCUAGAGCCUGCUGUGGUCUUAGAGCGAAAAGAAGGUGGUGCUUGUCUGGAACACCAAUACAAAAUGCAAUUGAUGAAUUGUUUAGUUACUUCAGAUUUCUGAGAUAUGAUCCAUAUGCUUCUUAUAAGUCAUUUUGCAAUACAAUAAAAGUCCCAAUUUCCAGAAACUCGGUUCAUGGUUACAAGAAGCUUCAAGCUGUUCUGCGGGCUAUAAUGUUGCGUCGAACAAAAGGCAUGUUGAUUGAUGGGGAACCUAUUAUUAGCUUACCCCCGAAAACAAUACAUUUGAUUAAGGUGGAUUUCUCUGCUGAGGAGCGCAUUUUUUAUAACAAACUAGAAGCUGAUUCACGCUCAAAAUUCAAGGUGCCUUCACUUGCCUAUAGCCGAAAUGCCAUUGCUGAUGGUUUCACGUGA